AUGGCGACGCUAGACCAGGAUCCAUUUCGCGAUCAAAUUCUGACCGACUCGGAACAGUCAAGUGAAAGAGGAAUCGAGGGAAAAUCGAGCAGUCUUCGGAAUGUCGACAGCGGCCAUGGCCUGGAUGAGAACAUCAACAAGCAAUCGGAAAUUUGGCCUGAAACUGAGACUGGCACGAGCACUGAACGGACAAACUCUCUACCUCAACAGGCAGCCUCCACGACUAUCGGCAUCGGCAUCGCCAUCCCAUAUCCUUCGCAACCAGCUGGUGGAGCUCCGAACGCUGGCUACCAACACAGGCCUUUAUCUUCCUUACAUUCCUAUCCUUUGAUAUCGGUUCCCCAGGCCUCAAGUUGCUCAGGCACCGUACAACCGGAGUUGAGUACACCCGCUGAUGUCACCGGAGGAAUUCUUCACAAUCUCAACGUGCUCAAAUUUUGGAGGCGACGAGAGGGCCCAAGAGAAUCCCAAGACAGUGUCAAGGUCGAACGUUCCCUCUCGCCGGCGGAGAUUCUCGAAGGAGUGAGGAGGGUAAACACCAAAGACGAUUCCCGUCGUUGGGAGUCCGAAAAGUCGCCCAGAAAUGAUGCUGACUCUGGUAUGCACCACCCUCUGCAACAGAUCCAAAGUUCAAUCAACCAACAGCUGCCCAAGGUGGAACCCAAUUUUGGAGUCGGAGAAAAGCAGCCGGUCCAACCAGGGGUAUACUUUCGAUCUCGUCGAGUCAAGGCCAAGGACAGGGAUGUUUCUUGGCUUCGCGAAAAGAAAGACCCUCGACAGAAGUGGCUCAGUAUUAUCCCUCUGGCUGGUCUCGUCUUGGGACUGUGCGUCUCAGCUGUCAACGUGUAUGUUGGCUACAGAAAUGUGCCUGUACACAAGUAUUGCCUUAUUUACGAGGACGAUUUUAGGUCUCCACAUCUCAACAAAUCCAUCUGGCUACAGGAGGUCCAGGUCGGGGGUUUCGGCAAUGGUCAAUUCGAGGAGACAACAGGCGACGGCGAAAACGUCUUCAUUCAAGACCACAUGCUUCACAUCAAACCUACUCUUCAAAAUGAGUAUCUAAUGACGCAUAAUGUUAGUCUAAAUCUGUUAAACCGAGGAACUUGCACCACAACAGGUUGGGACAACUGCGUAUCCGUGACGAAUACCACAAAUGGCACUGUGAUCAAUCCUGUUAAAUCUGGUCGUAUCAAUACAAGUCCAGGAGCCAAUAUACGAUUCGGCCGAAUCGAGGUGCGGGCCAAAUUACCUCAAGGGGACUGGCUCUGGCCCGGCAUUUGGCUUUUCCCGACCAACUCAGUUUACGGCGUCUGGCCUGCUAGUGGAGAGAUCGAUAUGGCGGAAAGUAGAGGGAACAACUGGACAUAUCCGCUCAGUGGCAAUAAUAUUAUCUCCUCGACCCUCCACUGGGGUCCAACCAUGGCGAGUGAUGGCUGGUGGCGAACAUACAAAAAGCAAAAAGCACUCCAUUCGACCUUUGCCGAUGAGUUCCACACCUUUGGCUUGGAAUGGACCCCCGACUAUAUGUACACCUACCUUGACAGCCGUCUGCUGCAGGUUCUCUACCACGGGCUCUCCAAGUCCUUUUGGGAGCUCGGAAGGUUUUCAACUCUGAGUCUUGACACCCCGGGUAACAUUUGGGCAAACGGCACAAAAGCCGCGCCUUUCGACCAGAAUUUCUUCCUCAUCCUCGACGUGGCCGUCGGCGGGACGAACGGUUGGUUCGGCGACGGAUUGGGCGGUAAACCGUGGGAGAACUCGAGUCCAUUUGCAAGAAAGCAAUUUUGGGACUCGAGAGACCAAUGGUAUCCUACUUGGCAGAAUAGAAAUGGCCCCUCUAUGCAAGUCAAAAGCGUCAAGAUCUGGCAGCUGCAAGGCUACAACGGCUGCGGUACGAAUGCGAGGGAAAUAGGUUAG